AUGGCUCCGAUUGUGGAAAAGCCAGAUCAGUGUCCGGUUUGCAAGAGUGACCAGAUCACAAACCCGGACAUCAGAUUCAAGAUCAACACAAAAUGCUAUCACCGCAUCUGUGAGAGCUGUAUCGAUCGACAUUACCGUGACUCUGGCGCAAAGAAUUGUCCCGUUUACGGUUGUGAUAAGAUACUCUGGAAGCGCGAUUGGAGAACACAGACGUUCGAAGACCUGAGAGUCGAGCGCGAGGUUGAAAUCAGGAAGCGAGUCGAACGAAUCUUAAAUCGUGACGAGAAUGAAUUUGAAUCUGCUCGGGCAUACAACGAUUUCCUUGAACUCAGAGAGACUCUAGCAAUGAAUCUGGUUCUUAACAUGGACAUCAACGCCACCAACCGCAAGCUUAGGGACUACCAGAAGGCAAAUGGCAUCAAAGUCGACAAGAAUAUUGAAGACGCCAAAUCGAAAGCCGCCCUCAAGAAGGCCCGCGAAGAAGGAUCCGCGGACCCCAGCGGCCUGAUUCAAGGUCUCAAGAAGAUCGUGGCACCCCCGCCCGUGGCCGAGUAUGAUCCAUUCGAGGACUUACCCAAAUCAUACGAUUAUUUCAUGCUCAAGGAAGAGUAUCAAGAUGUCUGGAAGCCAGGCAAACAGAGUGUCGCCCUGCGGGCUGGCGGCUAUGACUUCAUGGAGCGUGUGGAAGAGUCACUCCUGUCCGCAUUUGCAGGACUAGGUGUGUUCCUGGAAGACGAAAAGGCAGAGCCCAACCCCACAUUUCCCAGAUCUAAACUGCCUGCAGCCGCGAAAGCGGUGGACGAUGUAUUUUAA